CAUGGUUUUGAGGAGGAAGGAAAAGGCGGAAGUUUGAUGCUUUAAUUAUUUAGAAUAUAUAUAAAUAUAUAUAUAGAUAAAAGAGGCAGACAGAUGUGAGGCGGGUCCACGUGGUUUGUUUCAGACACAGAUCUAUUGUUCAGAUCAAUAAAAAGGCAGAGUCUGAGGGGGGAAAAGGGGGAAGAAAGGAGACAAAUCUAAGGGUUUAAAACCCGGCAGGGAAAAAAAAGAGAUAUAAUUUAGUGACUUUCAAUCAAGUUGGCGGAUAUUUAAUCACCUGCAGAGGAGAUUUUUUUUUGGAAAGAAAGGAAUUAAUUUUGCCUACAGGACGAUUUUCUUUCACUUUUUUUGGGUAAAAAUUGGGGAUUUGCUUCCCCCACCACCCCCUCUUUGCUGCUGCUGCUGUUGUUGUUGUUUGAGACAAGAUGCCUCGCAAGAAGGUGGACAAAAAGAAAAUGAAAGGUGGAAGGAAAAGAGAAAGAGACUUCAGCGAUGAAGAGGAGCUGGAGCUGGAGAAUCCCGGCAAGAAGAUGGGCAAACCCGUCCUUCAGACUGUCAACGAACCGGAGGAGACUAAGGAAAAAAUAAAACUGGAAGGAUCGAAGUGCAAAGGUCAGCUUCUUAUCUGUGGAGCCACAAACUGGGACUUGAUUGGUCGUAAAGAAGUCCCUAAGCAACAAGCUGCAUACCGUAACCUGGGACAGAAUCUGUGGGGCCCAAAUCGUUACGGAUGUCUCUCAGGAAUACGUGUGCGGACGGUGUCAUCGGGAUCAUGUGCUGCCCACAAUCUCAUCAUUACAACAGAAGGGAAGAUCUGGAGCUGGGGUCGAGGGGAGAAAGGUCAGCUUGGACACGGUGACACAAAGCGCGGAGAGGUCCCCAAACUCAUUGAGGCCCUCAAAGAGCAGACAAUAGUUGCAGGAGCUUGUGGACGUAAUCACAGUCUCUGUUUAACAGAAAAUGGAACUGUUUUUGCCUUUGGUGAGAACAAAAUGGGACAGCUUGGCCUCGGAAACCAGACUGAAGCGGAACCCUGCCCUUCACAGAUAAUGUACAAUGGCCAGCCAAUUGUAAAAAUUGCGUGUGGUGCAGAAUUCAGUAUGAUUGCUGACUGCAAAGGGAACCUGUAUUCUUUUGGUCAUCCAGAGUACGGCCAGCUUGGACACAACUCUGAUGGAAAGUUCAUUGCCCGGGCCCAGAGAAUUGAAUUUGACUGUGAGGUGGUGCCGCGGCGUGUAGCGAUCUUCCUGGAGAAGACAAAAGAUGGCCAGAUCUUACCAGUGCCAAAUGUUGUUGUCCGUGAGGUGGCCUGCGGAGCGAAUCACACGAUUGCUCUUGAUUCGCAGAAGAGGGUGUUUACUUGGGGAUUUGGAGGAUAUGGCCGCCUCGGACACACAGAACAGAAGGAUGAAAUGGUCCCGCGCCUUGUUAAGCUGUUUGACUUCCCAGGUAGAGGUGCUGUACAGAUCUGCGCAGGAAAUACCUGCUCAUUUGCAGUGAAUGAAAUGGGUGGCUUGUUUUUCUGGGGUGCAACUAACACAUCCCGUGACUCUACGAUGUAUCCCAAAGUGGUGCAGGACCUGUGUGGGUGGAAGGUUCGAAGCCUGUCCAGUGGGAAAAGCAGCAUCAUUGUGGCAGCCGAUGAGAGCACAAUCAGCUGGGGGCCAUCACCUACCUUUGGAGAAUUGGGCUAUGGAGACAACAAACCCAAAUCCUCCACCACUGCACAGGAGAUAAAGACCUUGGAUGGAGUUUAUAUUGAGCAGGUCGCUAUGGGCCAUGCUCAUUCGUUGAUGAUAGCGAGAGAUGAAAGUGAUGCAGAGAAAGAGAGGAUUAAGAAGUUGCCUGAAUAUAACCCACGGAUUAUCUGAUGCUGUGUAGCCUGUGCAACCACACAUGAAAGCUUCACUUGAACAAAGGCAGCUGAAGUUUGCAGUGCACUGGUCAACAAGAUUUUUAAAAAAAAAAAUCCACACUGAACAGGGAGCCAGGCAAUGGACAACAUCCUAUAAAGAACUUUCCAAUUCAUUAAAAAAAAAUGUUAGUGGUACUUACAUGAUCGCGAUUACAUAUGCAGCUAGUAGUAGUAUUUCCAGAGCAAUUGAUUUAACGAUGCACGCAGAUAGUUAAUUUUACUUGUGUUCCAUGGCCGUUGUGUUACCAUUGCUUCAGUAAUGGCCAUUUCCUACUGAUGUGUUGGAACUUUUUGUAUAUUUUUAAAGCCUAGAUUUGGCUGUUUUAAUUGGUCAGCAAGAGUGGUGUAAACAAGCUGGAAUGCUGGGAAUCAUGGUCUUCAAAUGGCUACAUUUAAACCAUCACACUGGUACAAUUAUUUCUAAUUUUUUAGUUCUGACCUGGUCAGAUGGCAUGGCCAAUGGUGUACUUGUGAAUUGUGAAAUUAGUGUCCUCCCUUUGAUUAUUUGGGAAGGGUGCAGGGAUCUUUCAUCUGGUUCUGCUAACCACUAAGUCCUAAAAUGUGACUCAGGUUUUGUAAUAACAGAUGCUCCUGUAGGCUAGUACAGGACCCGAGUGGUUGGACUUCAGCACUGUCUCUGGUGUUAUAGGGGAGCAAUGUUCCAACAGAGACCCGUGUCUCACUGAAAACCACAAGCUCCCUUUUAGUGCAAUUACAUAUCUCCAGCUUUAUUUUGAAGGGCCUGUCGAAAGAUGCUUGUGUUUUAUAGCUUCUGACCUCUAUCCUUGAGAUCCCACAAAGGAUUGAGGCCCCUGCGCCAUUGAGGUUGUGGGUCAUGUUAUUUUGCUGUUGACAGCAGGAGUGAAGCACACUUGCUGUCAAUAGUACACCACCCGUGUGAAGUGCCUUAUGAUGUCCCACUCUGGCCAACUCAUUGCCAAUAAUUAAUAAAUCGAUGUUAGUGAUUUCCUCUGCACAGCCCUAAGAAGUGUCACAUUUUCACCUCCCAUUCUUAGUUUAUAUUAAGUUAAGCUAGUGUUUGGUUACAUUCUACACUUCUGAUAAGCUAAUGGAACUACCUUUAUCCUCUUUUCUGUCCUCUCCUCCCCCCCCCCCCCUCCCUUUUUUUUCUUUUUUAAAUUGAGAGUACUCAGGCAACGAGGUGAAAUCUUUGUGCACUAACUUUAUCAGCCCAAAUCUGAACCAUUUGGGAUACUUCUUUUGCUUAGACUUGAAAAGUCAUUAGAGGUGUUUUUUUGAGACUUUUCAAUGACAUGGUCAUUUAUAAAUGUAAGGAUUAUAACAUUCCUUUGCCGCCUUUCCCUAGAGAGGGAAGAAUGAACUUGGCACUAAGUUCUACAAUCCUGAGAGAAUUGAGGUCCAAAGGAACUCGGAGCAAGGAAUCUGUCACAGUGAAGGGGAGGUGGGGUCCAGUUAUUUCUAAUACCAUGGUUUAUUGACUGUUCAUUAUUUGAUUAACCUCUUUGCUGUUCUAAAGAUCAGGGUAAGUUUGGGUGUUUUAUUAGGAGCAUAAGGCACAACAGGAUUAGAUGCAGGACAGUCUACCACACCAAAAGAGUCUGAGUAUUUGGCAAAUUUAUUUGUAUUUGUAGUUCGACUAUACAUUUAAUGGUGAGGCUAUUAUAAACAUGUUUGAUUCUUCCUGUAGCAUUAGUGAAUAGAUCAUAUUAGAUGCUUUAGAUAUUAACAUGUGCACACUAAACCCUCAUUAUGUUGUUCUAAAUUCUGAUAUCCUUUGGUGGUUUGUCAGAUUUCUCAUCUGUUAAGUACAUAAAUGAGGUCAUGGUAAACCUGCUAUUGUAAAUUCAAAACUGAAAUAGGGAGAUUCAAUUCUCAUUCCUGACUAUUAAUUACCAGAGCUGUAAUCUUUGCCUUCCACUAGCGAUUCAUACAUUGCCUCUUUGAGACCUGACUGGCUGUAUUGUGGGCAGUAUUGAUGGUUUCUCAGAGGUGUCAGUGCACGUACGGUACAACUUGGUCACCUGCUCUCCAGAAUGGCUUCUGCCGUUCAGAAAACCAUAUGCCUGACUCCGCAGAUGCAAAACUCACCCUGUCAUCAUCAAUCCAGUUCUUUCAGCCCUCGUUGAUAAACAGGAUUGGAAUUACACCCUUAAGAUUUUUUGAGGAUGAGAGGCUGCUGCACAAUUUUUCUAGCAUUUUGUUUAGCCUUCUUGCUAAAUCAAAAUCGCUGGCAUAGUUACCUUUCUCUUUCAUCUUGCAUUCCUUUAAAUUCAUUACGUCUGUCAAGAUAAAUUUUAACAGUUCAGAUGCUUGAGGUGAAUGUGCUGGCAGGACCCUUGAGAUUUGAUUAUUAUAAUCAUCCUAAGCAGAACUACUGAUGAGGUGAAGGAUUUUAACAUGAGCCAAUCAAUAAUUUAACAAUUCUAAUUCAACUGAUCCAUAAUCUAGUCACUAUUUUAAAUGCUUGUUAACAAGUUUUGUGGGGAGUGGACCUUUUUUUUAGAAUAAGCUGAGUGUGCUGGGGUAUCUCUGACUACCCAGUGGUGCAUCCUCUUUCCACAGUGCAUUGUUUAACAAGGUGAAGGUGUUGUUGGCAUCUUGGUGUUUCCUCAAUGGAAAUGACUUGGGUUACCUGCUGGUGUUUGUGCGAUAAACUGCACAUUCCUUUAAAGAAGCGAGAAGAGAUUGGCUGGCUGCAAUUCAAACUGGAUUUUGCGUUCCGGUUAAAUUUGCACCAAUGUACAUGUCAUAAUUGUGUAACUAAGUCUGAUACCAUCUGUUUAUAACCCUGCAGAUUCCUGAUUUCAGUCCGUACUGGAGCGUGCCGCAAAAUUCUGUUUUGUAAAAUGUUCAAUAAACUUGCCUCCCUUUUAUUUGGUUUGGCUUUUUAAAUUAAUGUUUUCCUUUUCCCCCCCAUCACCCCCACUCUAAUUUGCCAGCCAACCUGUCUGCUUCCCAUUCUGUAGCCGGCAGUGCUCUGAUGUCAUUAACAGCUACAUUGACUACAUUUACUUAUACUUUCCUGAUUAUUGAGUUUUUGAGACCCUGGUAAGUUAUUAUCCUGAAAACUUCAUCGCUGUACUGGAGUGUGUGCAUUUUCUCUACUGGUCCUUUUUAAUCUGGCACAUGUCCCUGCAUGGCACUAACUGUGUUGGUGUCUUCCUGCAGCAACCAAUCUUUAACUGUCAAGGUGGCAAAUGUGGAAAAGUUAGCCCAGAUUUUGCCCUUUUUUCCCUUCUGGUUUCAAAGGUCCAGGUUUUAUGGAAUUGGGUCUGAAUGUGCCACAUAACUUUGCAGGUGCAAGUUGCACUAACGGUGUAUUGCACCAGUAGCUGUGAGUAUGCACUCUUUUCUGUAAGUUUUGCAUGGAAUUCAACCAGACUAUCUCAAAGAUAAAGUAACUUGGAUAACUUUGGAUUCGUUUCCAUCUUUCACUACCCCUGAACUGGACGGAAUUUGUGUAUAAAAUGGCCAGACAGAGCACGAGAUGGUGCUCUUCUAUGGGAACUUUGUAACUGGUUGUCUUGUUUUCUUGAAUAUUUUUUCUCCAUGGUGAAAGGAAGGCUAUUCAAGGCUAUAGGUCAAAUGGCCUGUGAUCAGCUGCAUUUGACUCCUCCCUCAUAUGUGUUACUUGUGUUUUCAUGUGCCUGCAAAGAUUGCUUCUAGUUUUCAGCUCCAGGUGUCUGGAACCUAAUCCUGCAAACUUUAAUUCUCAUAGUCUGAAUGGGGAGUCAAGCUGAACUUUCCCUUUUUAAAUACCAAGGUUUUGUUUUUGUCAAUUUCAAAUAUCCAAAUUUAGAAACGCUGUACUCUGAUAAAGUAGAAAGUGGUUCAACAUGCUUAAAACCUCGUUUAUGGGGGAAAAAAUGUGUUGACCAAGCCAUGAAGCUAUUAUAGUGCAAACUCUUUCCUUUCUUUCCCCCACCCCCCAAAAUGCCUUUCCCUUUUUGGAAAGAAUGGGGGGAAAAAAUCCUGCUCCUUCAGCUAAUUUACCCCAAAGGAGGAUAACUUAGAACUGUUCAUUGCAGCUGUGGUGCCUGGGGAAGUUAUUCCACAGCGCACAAACACCACCCACUUGUUGUACUGUUAAUGGCUUCCCUGGCAACACAAAACUAAUAAUGGAAUUGAACAUUUGCAAGUUUCUAACACUUCCCAAGUGGAGGUGAAUUGUCGGCUUGUUUAGUAAAGUGGGUGAGAAGGGGGCGUCUCUUUUCAUGCUGGUUAUUAAUGACUAGUUUCUUGGCAUCAUUAGAUUUAGUUAGAGAUUUGUAGCCAAUUAGCUGCCUGUUCAGUGCUGUAAACCUUUUUUUUUUUACUUUUGUAUUUCCUGCAAUAAAUUGAAUAAAUUUUACCUUGUGUUUCCUUCCA